UUGGACAUCAAACCAAUACGGCUUCGACACCCUUGGCUGCAAUGUGUUUUCUAUGUAUUUUGAAUGUCAAGAUCAAACAACUUCCUCUGGCCGCACACUGUUGCGCACGCUCGAUUGCUGUCUCUGUUUAUCUAGUUCCACCUUCCAUCGCAUCGUCCAGCCGUCCGUAAAUAGAAGCUGAUGUUCUGAUUCCUGUUGCUCGCCAAGCCCGGUACGGAUUGGCAACGGUUAUGAAACAGCAACACAUAAGCGUGGAAGCAUAAGCAGCGUGCAGUAUAACAACAAUCAUAGUUCGUCGACGAUUGAGAGCUUUUGCUCAAAGGCUCUCAUUCUCUGCAUCUCCGGGUAAAAAAGAAGCCCACUAGCAUCCAUCGACACCUGCGAGUGUGUGAAUCCUGUAGCGUAGGAUGAGCGUACCAGCGCGGAUGACGCGCUCGUCGCCAUGGUAGAACGCUAGUCUCACGGUACUUGGUCGUACAGAUACCGACAGAUAGACUACAGUGAAGCCUCGUCGCGUGCGGACGUGUGCUCUCGGGAACGUUCGCUUCGUCCUGCACGUAUACGCCGUUCGACAUCAACCUACGUCGUGUCCUGACCUAUCCAUCGUACCCAAGCGUUUCGGUUUAGCCAUUUGUCAGCUUUUGCUUGUUUGUGUCCAGUGUGUGUGAAUGGAAGUGGUGGUACACUAUAUGAGCAAUUGAAACAACUACUAUUUACUAAGUGCGUGCAAGAUCUAGAAAAGAUAAUGUAAAUACAUUCCAUCACAAAUUAUAACACAGCAGUUCAUCUCAUUACCUGCUUCAUUUAUGUUGUCAGUGUCACGUCGCCGUGGAAUCCCCAGUUAACGUCGCUAUGCUCGGUUGUCUUUGGCAAAAGGGAUCGGUACGAUUGCUACCCUGAUGUGACCCUUGGGGCCGUUCUUAGCGAACGAACGACUCAUAGCUUCAGUUGCGACAGCUUUGUAUAAGCCUUAAAGCUCUCUGCUUCCCUCCAAACCUAAAGCAUCCCCAUAAUUUGCCUCCCGCGCGACGAAUUUUGUCAGACGGUAACCAGACCAGAUGUGCAAGUGAGUGCGUUCUGUGUGAAAUGCAAGUUGCGGGCGUGUAUGGCGGCAUAUCCGUGUAUGGGCGUUCGUGCACUAUUUGUGACCGUACCCGUAAUGUGUCCGAUUUUCCGAUGCGCGGUGCGUGAUUAGCAAACCAAACGGACGCUAAAACCAAUCAUAAUUAAGUGCUGCUAGUGUUGUGUGCAUCAUCGAUCGACCUUUUGGGCAAAAGGAUAUCACCGCGUGCUGCUCCCGUUGGAACGCUCCCGUUGGACGUGUUUAUUUGCUCCGGAAACAGCUCACAACAUACGAAACAAUGGAACCACCUACCAAGAAGAACACCGUGUCCGAGUUCAGCUACAUGCUGCAACGACAAGGUAGCGACGAUUCGGCUGAAGUGAACGCUUUCGAUGACAUCAACUCAUUGGUGAAGCGUGAUGCAAACCAAGGUAAAGCUACCGAGACUUUAUCAUCGCUACCGCAGGCUUCCUUCAACUACAUCAAUUCUAUCGUCGGUAGCGGCGUCAUCGGUAUCCCCUACGCAUUGCACCGGGCCGGAUUUGGAUUAGGACUUUUCCUGCUUGUAAUUGUAGCCGUCAUAACGGACUAUUCGUUGAUAUUAAUGGUACGAUGCGGUCAUUUGAGUGGAAGGUUCAGCUACCCUGGUGUGAUGGAGGCGGCAUACGGCAAGGGUGGAUACUAUCUACUAUCGCUGCUGCAAUUUAUGUAUCCUUUUUUAGCCAUGAUAUCGUACAACGUCGUUGUGGGCGAUACACUUUCAAAGGUGCUGGUGCGGUUCGUACCGUCCUGGGGCAGCUCGAUGGGUAUGGUACGGUUCGGUGUGGUGCUUGUCGUUACCAUUUUCGUCAUCAUACCGCUCUGUCUGUACAAGAACGUGUCCCGUCUGGCGAAGGCAAGCUUUCUCAGCCUUGCCUGUGUGGUGCUCAUCCUGAUGGCUGUCGUUUACAGGCUUCUAUCGGGUGAUUAUGGUGUCGUCCCGAACACACCCGAAUCGUGGCGGUUUGCACAUAGUGAUCUGAUUCCGGCUGUUGGCAUAAUGGCAUUCGCGUUCAUGUGCCACCACAAUACCUUCCUUGUGUACCAAUCGAUGCAGAACGCUACCAUGGAACGCUGGGAGAAGGUGACACACAUUUCCGUGGGGUUUGCCUGGCUGGUGGCGGCACUGUUCGGUAUCGCCGGCUACUGCACCUUUCGCGCUCUCUCACAGGGCGAUCUACUGGAGAACUAUUGUUGGGAUGAUGAUCUGAUGAACUUUGCCCGUGUGCUCUUUUCCAUCUCGAUUCUGCUCACCUUUCCGAUCGAAUGUUUUGUAUCGCGGGAAAUCGUUCGUACACAGAUCAAACGUUUCUAUUCGCACGAAGUCAUUGAGUAUGAUACGGAUAAGGAUCCUAGUCACGUCACCGGUGAGGAAGAUGAUCGUAAAUCGAUGAUCACUACGCUGGUGAUCGUGUUUACCGCAUUCAUCAUAUCACCGUACACGGAAUGUCUUGGACCGGUUCUGGAACUUAACGGUCUGCUUGCCGCCAUCCCGCUAGCAUACAUUCUUCCCGGGCUGGCUUACAUUCAGCUGAGCCCACAUUCGUUGUUUAGCCAGGAGAAACUUCCCGCCGCCGGUUUAGUGUUGUUUGGAACGAUCGUUACAAUUUCCGGUGCGGCCAUCUUGAUGCCAAAUUUAAUCGGCGAUUGUCGAACGGGCAUCAUUAUGGGAUACUGUAAGGAUGAUGAGCUCGCACUGAACGGAACGUCUUUCAUUGCGUCCACCGUGGAACCGAACUGCGCAACGGACAAAAUUUAAAAUGACAUAGCCGAGCACUUUUAAACAGAAAAUGAUCUAGAAAAAAAAAACACACUUUGAAACAUUACAACAAACAGGAGGAAACAUUACAAUCAAAGAAUGAUACCGAACAAAACAAAAACCAAAGAGUAGCAUAGGGAAUGACUGUUUUUUGAAUACGAAGUUUUGCUGUAUUAAAGAUAUUUUACAAUCUGUCGUAUUUUUUUUCACUUCAAAUUAAGAUGCAUUUAAAGCAGCAUUUCAGCGGCUUUUGGUGCUUUCUACCAUCAGUAUUAUGUACCUGUAGGACACAAAACAAAAAGGAUGACUUUUUCUAAGCUUUUUCUUACACUUUUUCUAGCGUAAUUUAUCUUUGUUUAGAGAAUGAAAUGCUGCUGGUUUAUAUUUACACCACUAAAAGAGAGAAAAAAAUUGAUAUUUUCAAGAAAUGUCUUGCACUAUCCGAAUGUUUUACGAAAAAGGCGAGAAAACACAACACGUUGACUAUUAUCUUUAUGGUGUAAACCGUUUACAAGUUUAACAACUAUUUACACACUUUAGCUACAACACAAUCUUUGAAAACUACAAUUUAAAAAAUGUCCCAACAGCAGCUGAACAAAAGAACAACUCGAAUCAAUCAAUGAUAUGCAACAUCCAAUAGAUGCAGAUGGUGGAUGGACGUGAUUCGAACGAAUCUUCUAUAAACCAAUGUAAUAGAAUCCAAACAGGCUCUCGGUACGAUACUGUAUCAAAUGUGUAGCAGAGUCAUUAACUAUCGUGUGCAACUUUUAGGGAACAGAUCAAAAACAUAAUCAUAAACCAUAAGAAAACUCUACCAUCUAAUUGUUAGUGCAAAACUGAACCAAAAGCUAAUUGACGGUAAACCAAUUUACAUCGAUCCAGUUGGAUGUCGCGGUGUUGAAGAAUAGGGGUGAACAUGAUGUACCAAUAUUUAACUAGCAGAAUAGAAGCAGAACACAAAAGCUAUUGUUAUGGAAAACAAAAGUACGAAAUGUUUAAUUGAAAGAUGGAAGAAAACGUAUGCUUAAAAUAUAUUUUUAUUAUUCAAAGCGAAAUAUAAACCGUCGGUGACCGACAAGUGAGACUACUCUGUACGGUCAUUGCAUAACUUUAGGCGCAACACCAUGUUUUUAUCCCUUGUGGUAAAAAGCAUUUUCGCAUUGUUGCAACGUUGUAGUUUAGCAAAAAUUUAUUCUUGAAAUCAAUUCUUUACACCUAGAUUGUAAAUUACUGUGAGUUACAAAUAAGUCUAUUUUAAAGCAAUUUUUUAAUAUAAUUUUUAUUAUAAUAACGUUAACAUUCAAAUUUUGUUUCGCUCCAAUAUGGUCAGAAUUGGCUACAAUUUGCAAAAAACCAAACACGCAAGUACGUGCAACUAAACAGCCAUAGAGUAUAUAGGAAUUAGGAUAUAUUUUAAGUAGCUAAAUUUAUCAAAUCAAUCUAGAGGAGUAUGAAAUCAAAAUGGACAAAAGGACUUUCUAUUAGAAGAGAAAGAGAGAGUAAAAACCACAAGCAAAACUAGAAAUCCAUAUUAUGAGCUGAUGUUAUGAGUGUUAGAAAAUGUACUGAAUAAAAUCUAAAUAGAUCAAUCGGUAACUA